AUGUUACACUUGAUUGUCACGACGAUCAAGAUCCUCAAGUCGAACCAUCCCCGGACGAUAGCCGCGACGAGGAUCUGUCAGCCACCAGCCAUUGGUUACAAGAAACGUAAAGAUUGCCUCCUAUCCGAAAUCAAAAGACUAGAGACUCGGACCACCCAACUGGAGGAGCAACACAAACGCCUAGCAAGCAAACCUUCAGCGUUGGAAGGAGCCAAAAAAGAGCACGAAAACCUAGGCAGAGACGCGGAGAGGUUUUUAGAAUAUAUCGCCAAGUUACAAGAGGCAAAAAAGAAGUCAGAGAAGUUCAAUGAAGCGCUCAAGUAA